AUGCCCCGAGGACGGAGGGGAUGUUGGACAUGUCGCAUUCGUCACAGAAAAUGUGACGAGUCAUCUCCUGAAUGCAAAGAAUGCAGUACUCGAGGUAUCACUUGCCAUGGAUAUGGCAUCGAUCCACCAGAAUGGAUGAACAAUGAUCAGUUACUACAAGAAGAGCUUCGACGGAUCAAAGGUGCAGUGAAAAAGAAUUUCCGACGCGUCAAAACAAUACAGAAUCGUCAACUUGCUCGAUUGACGGCUGAAGGAGCACAAGCCUCGCGGGCUAAACCAAGUUCUCAGUCGCGAGGUGACGAAGUCCCCAAUCAAACUCCAACCGGCUCUUCAACAACAAAUAUCAUAUUUAGGGAGGCGCAGUACUUGGUACAUUACCUCGACUACAUCUUUCCGAUUCAAUAUGCCUUUUAUGUCGAUGCACCAGAUCAAGGUGGCAGAGGUUGGCUCUUCUUCCUUCUCGAGCGAAACGCACCACUUCGCAACGCAGCACUCACUCUUUCUGCCUUCCAUCAACAUACCUUCUCACCAUACCAUACGGAAAACCAAGAGGAUGAGCUAUUAAAAUACCAUACCAAAGCACUUCAAGAACUGCGAUAUGUAGUCCGCCAUCGAGAUGUUGGCGCUUCCGCCGACAACAUCGAGGAAUGGCUCAAGUUUCUCGCUGGCGGCAUGUUCUUGAUCUCUUUCGAGGUCUUUCAAGGCGGCACAAAACACUGGCAAGCCCACUUUAACGCUCUCGUAUCUGUUAUUCAGAACCUUACCUCCUCCGAUUUUGACUUCGACGCGUCCAACCCUUCGAGUUCCGACUUUGAUUUUCAACGAGGGAUGAAUACUGCGCAAAAAUUCAUUCUGUCGAAUCUUGUCUGGAUAGACAUACUUGCACCACUGGCUACGGGAACUGCACCGAAACUGCCAUACCAUGACUGGCUCAACGCUGGUAGGAUUGACAUGUCAAGAGUCAUGGGCUGCUCAAACUGCAUCAUGAUCGCAAUUGGUGACAUGAUGGCUUUGAGCUCGGAAGCUAGCACACUGGGCAGUAAUAGUUUGAGAAUCGCCAUCAGGGGGUUAGAGAAGCGCAUCCUGGAUGGAGUAGACGCGGCGUUGGAUGAUGCAUCAACAUUGACUCCGACCAACCGCUCCGUAACCCACCUCUUUGCAGCCGCAGCUCUUGUCGAGCUUUAUGCUCUUGCCUCUGAAAAUGGCAUGACAUCAUCAGAUCCUCACAUUGCAGUAUUACGAGUCGUCAAUGUAUUAAACAGCUUAGCCCCACAUAUUUCUUUACGAGCAAUGCCAUGGCCUUUAUGCGUUGCGGGUUGCAUGGCACUUCCUCCCAACGAGCAGUACUUCGAUGAUUUAUUGAAGAAGCUUAUGGACCACGCUGAGGCGGGGUUUACUAACUGCGGCACAGUAUAUAGUGUUAUGAAGAAUGCUUGGGAGCAAAGAAGGCGAGACCCGAGUAGACUUUGGAGUGCAAGACAAUCGAUGGAGGACAUGGGUAUUUGUGCUCUCCUGAUCUAA